AUGGCGGACGACGAGGGCAACGCUCCGAAGGAGCAGAAGCAGAAGAAGUUCACCGUGGGCUCUGCCAAGAUCAUUACGUCGCAUAUGAUGCCUGAGCACGAGGAGGCGGCGCUAGAGGUGGCAAUCGAGGCUGCGGAGACGCACAACCUCAUGAAGGACAUCGCGAAGUACAUCAAGGAGGAGAUGGACCACCGCUUCCCAGCACAGUCCGCCACCGAGGGGCUCUUCCACGUCCUGGCGGGACAGCAUUUCGCAUGUUGUAUCACGCACGAGGUCCGGUUCUACAUCCACCUCCAGAUCGACAGGGCGCACGUGGUCAUCUUCAAGAACAAGGACACGCCCGUGAGCCUACGCGACCUCCCGGACCACCACCCCGGCGACGAAUGA